GAGAGUGCGCGGUUCCCUUCUCGCCACUUCCUUGUAUGGACAGUGGGGGACUCCAAAGCCAGGCUCGGCAGAGGCCUGAAGCCCGGUACCCGGACGUGCUGGGGGAAGCACAAAGGGGCGGACAAGAAGGGGGUGGGGAGGCCCGCCGGUGCAACGAGAUGGAGUGGGUUGGCGCCUCGGGAGAACGAAUCGAGGGCGGCGGUUCUUCCUCCCACACUCCAGAGGAAGCUCCCAUGGGCAGAGCCGGAUAAUCCGAAGGGCGUACCCUGAAGACUUCUACACCCAGAUGAUGGCCGAGUGCUACCGGAUAUGGGCCCAGCUGGAGCAUGAGGCAGGAACCCAAUUAUACAGGCAGACUGGACUACUGCUGCUGGGAAUGAAGGAGAAUCCAGAAUUAAAGACAAUCCAGGCUACUUUGUCUAGUCAGGGAGUGGAACACCAGUAUCUUCCAUCUGAGGAACUGAAGCAACGUUUCCCUAAUAUUCGGUUGGCCAGGGGAGAAGUGGGGCUGUUGGACAAGUCUGGAGGAGUUCUCUAUGCCGACAAAGCGCUCAGAGCCCUCCAGGAUGUAAUCCAACAGCUAGGAGUCAUAGUACGUGAUGGAGAGAAAGUGAUGGAGAUAAAACCGGGGCUACCAGUUGUGGUGAAAACCACCUCCAGGAGCUACAAAGCCAAGAGCUUAAUCAUCACAGCAGGUCCUUGGACCAACCAGCUCCUCCAUCCCCUGGGAGUUGAGCUGCCUCUCCAGACUCUGCGGAUCAACGUGUGUUACUGGCGAGAGAAGGUUCCUGGAAGCUAUGGUGUUUCCCAGGCCUUUCCAUGCUUCCUGGGCCUGGACUUCAGCCUGGCUCCUCACCACAUCUACGGGCUGCCCUCUGGAGAGUACCCAGGGCUGAUGAAGGUCUGCUAUCACCACGGCAACAAUGCCGAUCCCGAGGAGCGGGACUGCCCCACAGCUUUCUCAGACAUCAAAGAUGUUCACAUCCUCAGCCGCUUUGUCCGAGAUCGCUUACCUGGCCUAGAGCCCGAACCUGCCGUUAUGGAGCACUGCAUGUACACGAACACUCCUGAUAAGCACUUCAUCCUUGAUCGACUCCCAAAGUACGACAAUAUUGUCAUUGGUGCUGGAUUCUCUGGACAUGGUUUCAAGCUGUCCCCUGUUGUGGGGAAGAUCCUGUAUGAAUUAAGCAUGAAAUUAACGCCAUCCUAUGACUUGACACCUUUUCGAAUCAGCCGCUUCCUUGGCCUGGGCAAAGCUCAUCUUUGACCCCUGGCCAGCAGCCUCCCUUCUGCGCACAGGAGCUGUGAAUAAAACCCUUUGCUGGGAAAGACUUCUCAGAGGAAGGAAGGAAGGAUGUGAGAUGUCAUCCUUUUCUCCUGCCUCUCUUCAGACACCCACAAACACCUGCCAAUUGAAUUCACCUUCUUUCCCUAGCCAGCACCCCAAACCCACUACUUUUUUGCUUCAGAAGUUCAAUUAGAUAUUCAAUAAUCACAGAGUAGCAAGGAACUUUGAGAUGGAUGUCUCAAUAAGGAGGGGGCAUAAAGAGACCAAAGCACUUAAAAUUCUCUUUGCUGAGGCAUUCGAUGAAUUUGGGAUAGGUUUGACUAAAGCUGCUCAGGGGAGGGUAAGCAAGAUGAUCUGUAGACCACUAAUGACCUUGGAGUUCUUUUUCAUAAAACCAGAGCCGUCUUCUAUCACAAACUUCCAUAAAAUCUGGCUCAUCUUGGGUGCACAGUAAAUGUUUGUUGAAAAAAAAUGCGUUGAACAAACAGAUAAGUGACUGCAUUGCAUGAAAGUCUGUGGGAGGCUUUAUUUUCCACGUGACCUUAUUUCUUACAGACUUUAGUUAUCUAAAUUAGCACCACAGAAUCCAUUACCCCAGGACUCCUUGGGGUCUUUAUCCCCUCAAUGCACUGCACCCUUUUUCUCUGGAUUCUUUGUCUGGUUCUCAUCCUCUCUCUGGUGCUGUAAAGAUGCUCAGCUCCCAGUCUCUCAUUAAGGUGUAUUGUCAGGUCUUUAUGAAGAUGAAGCUGUUAUACCAGAAAGGAAGAGAGAGACACACUCGCUUAGAAACCCUGUUCAAUGUUUGAAUGUUAAAUGUGCCAUUUUAUUAUCAUUAGGAUUGCUCCCACUUAAUGAAACGGCAUUAACACCGAGGCGGCUGGCCUCCUUGCACUAAUUGCUUUGGAAGGAAACAGGCUCAUAACUGCCCCAGGGUGGGUGGAGGGGUGAGGGGUGUAAACAGAGACUCAACAAGGUUAAGUGCACUCAGAUGAAACCCAGGCAGGAGGAUCUCCAAACCCAGCCAGUCUGACCCCAGAGAAAAGGAGUUAAAGUGCUCCGGGAAGAAAAAAACUGGGACUGGGUGGGGUGGAAAUGUUCCGAGGAAUUGCUGCGGGGAUAAGAGAGGGAAAUGGGAAUAAGGAAAUACAAUACAGAGGAAAUUACUCUUCAAUUGCCAUAUAGGCCUAGGCACAUGAUUAGCACUGAUUUCUCCUGGGAAUUAUAAAAGCCAGCCAAUCCCAUCAGCCCCAUGCCAAGACUGCGUUUUGGGUGCUCUCUCUUGGUUUCCUGAACCUCAGCCUCUGUAAAGGGAAUAAUCCUAUCUGUAAAAUGGGAAUAAUACUACAUCAUGAGUCAACCUUGAAGAUAUGAUGCUAAAUGAAAUAAACCAGACACAAAAGGACAAGUACUAGAUGA